AUGCCGAAAGCACCAGCCAAGACACGAGAGAAGACAGCCCGAAAGGAUCCUAUCAAACCCAAGAACACCAAGGACAGCCAUCUCUACACCGACGACAAUCCGUCGACCACCAUACAUGGCACAGGUUUCAAAGAUAAGGAGGCUGCGGAGCGUACAUUAGAUCUCAUCAAGGAACGAUCGCUCAUCUACCAAUGGGCAACCGUGAAUACCAUGUAUAAUCGCGCCAAGCACCACCCUGCUAUGAAGAAAGCAGUCGAAGGCAGUGCCAGCACGGCUGAUAUGCGAGCGGCGAUGGAAGUCUUCAGAGAGUGGCUGGACACAACAUAUCCGGCAGGGAAAGACGCGAUGAGAGCUGGUGGCUUCAAACCGCUUCUUACAAAGAAGACGGUAGAGAAGUACCAGGAGCGUAUCCAGAAAAGCAAGAAAGUCGGUGAUCUCGCAAAGCAAUUUGCGAAGGUAUAUGCAGAGUUGGCCAAGGGCAAGAAGCUGGGACAUGUGCUUGUCGAUGACAUGAAGCCGAUGGAGGCAGACUGGGAGAGAAAGCGAUAUCAGCAACUGGAUAAGCUGGUACCGAGCGGCAAAGAGAACAGUCAAGACGACUGGAAGCUCAGUGAGCUGUGGACUGACGACAAGGACGUCUCUGAUCAACAUCUUGAACUGAUCGCCUGGGCUUGGAGUCCAGUGCCCGAGAAGAAGCUGCCAUGA